AGGGGUUUCUGAAUUUUUCACUACACCUGUAAAGCCUCCCAAAAUCUCUAGCUGGCUGACGAGUGUUGGAAUAACGGAUGCAUAAUAUUACAGAAAAACCUGAAUACGCUCUUCUUAAAAAAUUGGUCAGUUACGUGGGUUUUCUGCUCUUGAAACAGUUUCGCAUGCUGCCUUUGUUAUUAAUUUUGAAACGACUGUUCGCUGAUUGUUUUUUUUUCUUCUUCUCGGGAUUCAAAGAGACAAGAGGACCGAUUGUAUCACUGAGCAGCAGCAGCGGCGGCGCGGGCAUCCUAAUCCAGGUGCCUCUUUUUUUAACUGAAAGCAGUCAACAUUUCAAAUUUACCGCCAAAGCUACUGACAACCUACGGACUCAACUGCAAUUUAAAAGCCGGGAAGGAGUUUACCUCUGUUAAACUCUGGGAUUUUGAUAACAUUUUAUUGAAUUGAUUAAAAACUCUGGGAAUAUGAGAGGCUGAGCUCGACCGGAUGUGUCGGGUGGUAUGAUCGCUUUUUUAAAUGCAGAAUUGUUAUCGUUAUACUGUCAGAAGCUGACCAGGGCACUUGCAGUCUGCGUGACCUGACACCGCGGGAUGGCACGCAGCUGUCAGAGUGGCUCUGCUCUGGAGCAGCUGCUGGCUUCUGUAGGGACCCGUUUGGCAGGCCCACAGUGGCAGGCCCAGUCCUCGGAGUCUUCGCAAGUCCUGGCAGUGCUGGCGGUGGAACGUUACCUUGCAGAUCAUCCUCGCUGCUACAGCUACGACGUGACGUUGACGGACGGCGUAUGGCGGUUGAAAUGCCAGCUGUCGUCAAAUCUUGCCUCUCUAGUACAAUGUAACGUACUCUGUAGCGGCUCAGAGUUGCGCGUUCGCUGCGUUUCUUUCCUCUACGACGAGCGCCGGCUGGCCCCAGGAUGGCUAUGCAUCGAAGCUGCAGACUGUGUUUCUUCCCACUCGGCCCUGCUCCUAGGUCUGGCCGAUCCAUUCUCGCUGCCCUCAUUGACAACCGGCACAGAUGGCGUUGUUAGAGCCGCAGAAGAUUCACUGGCAGGGUCGCGCAAACUGCACCUAUCACUGUGGAAUAACGAAGACCCCUACGGUGCGCAAUGGGCCGACGACACGCCUCCGGCACACACAUUUUCUCCUGAAGUGCCAAAGAUGAUUGUUUUACAAGACUUGGAAAACUUUUGGAGAAGUACAGUUCGUUUUCCCCCCUUGUUGGUGAAAGUCAUGUAUAAAUCCAGACUGCGGUAUUAUGGGAGACCAGAGAAGAAGCAAGCUAUCCCUUUUCAGGCUUACUUUGAAGUUGCAGACCGAUCUGGGAUGAUGUCAAUGGUUCUGUGGAAUUCCAUGUGCUUGGACUGGUACCAGAAAAUAAAUGUAGGAUCAGUCAUUUAUGUGCAACGCUACUCUGUAAAGGAAAGUUACAGGCAAAGAACAAGGCCUAAAGCUGGAGAUACACAAAUACGGGUGUUUAACUCCUUAGAAAUUUCUUUAAAUGCCCGAGAUCCACCUGCAGACAUUCAGGUGAUUCCACAUAGCAGAGUCAAAGCAGAAUGGGGAUUGCCAGCUGUCAAAUAUCAGUUUAUUACAAGGCAAGAGUUGGACUCUUUACCUGUAAACUACACAGCUGAUGUCAUUGGUCUGGUAACAUAUGUUGGCCGAUGUGAACGAAUCAGAAAGAAGGAUUCUGCUGAAGACUUUUGGAUCUAUCGCUGGGUACAUAUUAUAGAUGGUACUUCAGACCAACCAUUUAUUUUGGAAAUAUUUGCCACUUCACAACCUAAUGUUUUUAGCAACAUACAUCCAACUGUUUGCCUGGUGUGCACUCAGAUGCGAGUGGUGCAUGGUGCCAAUCAAAAUAAUGCCGCAUACCUCACAACAUCUAAUGAGACACAAGUAUUUAUUACAGGUAGUCAUAAAGGACAACCAUACAUUUCUGAUCCAAAAGUGAGGAGGUUUGUUAAAUGGGCAAAAACCAUGGAAGACUCUGAAUUCCUGGAGAAGACUUCAGUUGGUGGAUUUUACAUCUUUCCUCCUCCUCCGGUGGUGUUUCGACAAAGCGAUGCACAUAAUCAGGGUGAACUUCUUACAUGUACCAGUGAACUUCAGAAGCAGAUUGAAGGCCUCCAGUAUAAAGAGCGUAAGCGUUUUGCCGUGCAGGGCUUCAUUACUGCUGUUGAAUACUUUCCAUGGCCAGCCAGAAGAGUAGCUGCUCAACAGCAGCAUGGUGAGCCUGAUGACCUGGUCCAGAAAUCAACCACAGAGCAGCAAGAGCUACAGAAAGCAAAAGCUACUGGUCAAACUGAAGUUGUCAAAGGCCAGUCUGAGGGCCAAAGUUUAAACCACUUUCCUUCAGAAAUAAAUGAUGCAGCUCAGCAAAGCUGUGACAUAAGAAACAGAAGUCCAUACAAAUUAAGGCCAAGGCAGAGAAAUGAGAACAAAUCCCACAAGACGAACAUAAAAAGAGUUGCUCAUGUAACAACAGACAGUACCUUACAGAAGGAUUUCGCUGAAGAACAAAUUUCUACACCAGAUUUUAAGAGCACAACACCAGUGUUUGAAGCACGAGAGGGGGCAGUGGCCCAGCCUAAUUCAGAUUUACAAGGUAGCGGUCGAAUUCAAACUGACUGGAAUUGGCAAGGUGCUCAUUGUACCUCUUGGCAAAGUACCAUGUGGCCAGUGGUGAAAGAGCAUCUGUCAGAACACCUGGAAUAUAACAGCCUUCUUCCAGGAAGUGUUCCUCUUAAAUUUAAAUAUGAUUGUAAAGAAUUUCUGAUGCAGCAGUGUAACCUGCACCCAGCAAAAUGGUCUCCACCUGACUUUAAUGCGGACCUGAGCUCUGGCAGCUUCCAUCAUCUUUCAGUAGAUGGAUAUUAUGUCAUCACAUUAACAGGUUUGAAUCAAAAGGUUGCAAUUAGCACAGUCUUCCUGCCUGUAACAUCUCCUAAGGAUCCCAGGUGGCUUGGUCUUCCACAGGUGUCUCAUGAUAACACACUCUUUUCAUGCUUGAUGAAUGGAUUCAUCUGCUCCUCCACUGCUGAAGGAGGCCUUCAACGUUUCCCAACACCAGAUGCCAUCAUACAAACAGCUUCAAGUAUUAACAACAAGCAUAUCAUUUGCCUCCUGGAUGUUUGCAGUCUUGGUGGUAAUAUGGUGGAGGUCUUCCUCAGUAAAGUCUAUGAUGUCACAUAAAUAACUGUUCUGUAAAAAAAAAGUCAUUGAUUUUUCUGACUGUACAUGAAUUUAAUUUGAAAAGAAUAUACUUUUUUUUUUUUUUUUUUGAAUAGGCAUGAAUCCAUUGUUGAUGUCUUUGUACACUUAUUGUCUGUCCUUGGGGAGAUGUCAUUGUGAAAGUAAAGACAUGAAGAAGAAUAUUUUUUCCAUGUACAUACAUUUAAAAAAAAACAUUAAUUACACAUUGGAGUGAGAUGCUUAUGAAAAGGUCAUGAUUAAAUUAUAAUUUUAUCAACAGUACACACCAUACCUGUUAAAUUAAAAUUCUUGCUGAAUGUAUUUGAUUAUCAGAUUAGGUCAAUAAAUAGAACUUUUUUUAUUAAUAUGAAAACUUGGGUUAUUCCAGAAAUAUAAAUAUAGUGGAGAAGGCAGGUCCUCUUUAGUGUUUUUUUGUUUUUUGAUACUUUGUUAUAGUAGGUUUAGCUAUUUAUGUAUCUUAUUAGUAUCACACAGUCAUUCAAGCCAUUUAAAAAUUCUUCAACACUAUAUUUGCUAAUUCUACACCUGUACACUUUUUGUUAAUUUAACACUGUAAUUUUAUUAAGCUUGGAAAAAUUCAAAAUAUUACCAUUAAUUCUGAAAACAAACCUAUAAAGAUUUUCUCCAUUUAAGUUCAAACUGAAAUAUAUACAUAAAGCAUUGAAUAGCACCAAGAAAAUACAGUAAUUGGUAAAAUGAUUAAGCUGCACAACCCAAAAUGCUGGAAAAAGGAUGAUGUGGUUUCAGCAAAUUAAUGGAUAUAGUACAGUAUAUAAACUGGAAAUCCAACAUAAUGGAAUUUAGUAACAGAGAUAAAUGUUAGUGUUUACUUAACUAUACAAAUCCACUGUGCUUCACUGUACUUUUCACAAUUUCUGCCUAAAGAAUUUUAUAUUUAAUUUUGUUUUUACAUAUUUAUAUGUGGGUAUUUAUAAUACUGCUUUAGGUAAAUAUGAAAUGUCACUGUAAAUCAGCCUAGAGUGAACUAUAUGAAGGAAGACACACAGAGGAGGCAAUAAAUAAUAAUCAUUAUGAAAGAAAUUUUUAAAUUACAAAACUGCAUACAAAAAGAACCAUGGUAUGUGUUUGGCUUGUCUUGUGUGAUGUAGAGUGGCCCGUGUUUGGACUACAUGUUGUUUAAUAAAUGUGCAUUUUAUGAAAUCAAAUCAUGCCGAUGUUUAAGGCCCAUUUUAGCAGUUAUUUUCCUAAUUGUCAUACUUUGUGACUGCACAUGGAUUGGCUCGAGGUGUGCCAUUCACUCAAGGAGGAUGACAUUGCAGCCAUGUUAUAUAACUUCAUGUGAAGACAAUGACAGUGCUCCAUGAAAAGUUAUCUAUGUGUUGAACAUUCUCACUUGUGUAACUGACAUUCUUUGUAAAAAGACUGAACCUGAUGUAAGGGUUCAUUUCAACAUUGUGUUUAAUGUAAAAAAAAAAAAAAUACGAGUGGUAUGGAUCAUCAGAGACUUCAUAGGCAAUUCCAGGAAUUCUAAAUAGUAGAUGCAUGUAGUAAGUGGCUAAAUUGACACAUGGAAAAAAAAAUUUCCACCUAUUGCUUAAAGGCUGUAUUCUGUGACUAUAUUUUAGUUUCAUUAGGUUUUUAAAUAUUAUGCCACUUGAUAAUAAAUAACU